AACAAAUACAAUUGUGGAAAACUAAAUCGAUUUUGUAAGCAACCCGGAGCAACUAGAAAGAAGCGUUUCAAAAGCGUUAAUGAAGUAUUUUUGGGAUGAACUUAGAGCUGGCUUCUCCCGAGUUGAUGGUGUGCGAAACAUUACGUGCCGCCACCGACCCUAAUCAUGAGGUUGUUCUUAAGGCUGAAGCUCAGUUGGCAGAAUGGGAAACGCAGCCAGGAUUUUUUUCUACCUUGGCACAUUUUGCCAUGCAUGGUGGCAAUGAUAUCGAGCAACAUCAAUUUCAUAUUGACUUGAAUGUGCGAUGGAUGGCUGCAGUUUAUUUAAAGAACGGCAUAAAUAAGUAUUGGAGGCGAAAUGCUCGAAAUGAACUGCCUAAUGAAGAAAAACAACAAAUACGUCAGGUAUUAUUGAAAAACUUUAGUACGGAACCAGUACCACAAGUGGCUUUACAAAUUGCCGUGCUUAUUGCUCGCAUAGCCCGAAUUGAUUGCCCUCGUGACUGGCCAGAGUUAAUACCUCAGCUACUUAAACAGUUACAAAUGUGUGCACAAAGUGAUGGCGAUGCUGGAGAACAACAGCGAGUCUUACUUGUUCUUCAUCAUGUGAUAAAAGCACUGGCAUCUCGACGCAUGAUGGCAGAAAAACGAGUUUUUGAAGAACUAGCGGGGAAUUUAUUCGUAUACAUGCAAGAAUUAUGGGAUGCUUUUACAACACUUUUCUUUCAUCAACUCAAAACGGCAUCUAUAAAUGUAAUAUCAACUUUAGAACGUGCACUUUUAACGACGCGAAUUUUACGAAAACUUACAAUAUAUGGUUUUCCGAAGCCCUUUAAGGUAGAAUGUUGCAUGCACUUUCUAGAACAGCUAUUUACGCGACUUAAGCAAUGCUUAGAUUGUCGUUAUGAAUUACAACAUCUUGGAGCUGAAGAACAAUUAAUAAGACUAAUUGAAAAGUUUAUAUUGAAACAAAUGAAGACGUUAACUGAAUUUCAAGAUAUGCACUCCAGUUCAUUUGCACGUUUUGUUUCUAUUGCACUAGAGUUUAGCUUUGAACAUGUCUUCCAUGAAGGUGCUCGUCUAAUAUUUACUGACAAUGUCAUAAACUUCAGCAACUUUGCAAUUCAUUGCAUCAAUCUUAUGAAACGGAUAAUGAUGUGUAGUGCAAAUUCAGUAUCUACUGGUGAACAUCUAGCAGCUGAACAGGACGCAGCUAUACAUAUAGCAUUAUCAGAUUUUUUUACAAACGAGCGUUUAUGUUAUAUUUCAGAUAAAGUUAUAACUCAUUAUUUCUUGUUAACGCAAAAUGAGCUAGAUCAAUGGUUGGAAGAUCCAGAGGGCUUCGCUCAAGAUGAUGGCGGAGAGAGCUGGAAGUAUGCUCUUCGUCCAUGCAUUGAAUCAUUUUUUCUAACAUGUUUCAGUCAAUACCAGUCUCAAAUGACGUCUGAGGUUGUAAAGUAUAUACGAAAAGCUCAGCAAAUCGAAUUAACCCCCGCAUCUGAUCUUAAAGAUAUGCUUCAGAAAGAUGCCAUAUAUAAUGCUGCAGGAUUAGCAUCAUUUCACUUUUUCAAUGACAUUGACUUUGACUCUUGGUUUAGUAAUCAACUAUUGGGGGAGUUGCGGAUUGAAAGCGAUAAUUUUCGAAUUCUUCGCAGAAGAAUUAUAUGGUUAGUAGCGGAAUGGGCGGCCGUUAAAUUUUCACGAAACUUACGUCCUUUGGCUUACGAAGCAUGCCUACAUUUACUUCGUCCAACUGAAGAUAUGUCUAUACGACUUGCAGCUUCCCGUACACUUUCUACCUUAAUUGGAGACUUUGAAUUUGCACCCGAGCAUUUCCUACCUUAUUUAGAACCUUGUUUUAAUGCACUUUUUGUACUCCUGGGAGAAGCUAGAGAAUGUGACACGAAAAUGAAUGUGUUGACAAUAAUGUCGUGUAUUGUAGAAAAAAUGAGUGACAACAUUGAACUCCAGGCUGACAAUCUAAUAUCGUAUUUGCCACUUUUGUGGAAGGAAAGCGAGGACUUCAAUAUGUUAAGAUGUGCUAUCAUAUGCACAUUACAGCAACUAGUAAAAGCAUUGCGUGAUAUACCGGAAUCUAUGAAGCCAUUCCUCUACAACGUUAUACAGCUUAGCACUGAUCUUCAGGAGCUGUCAUACAUAUACCUCAUGGAGGAAGGUUUGGCGCUUUGGGUGGCCGUUGUAGAGAAUUCGACAGUUAUGUCUACAGAACUGCUAGAUUUAUGCAAAAACCUUCUGCCUAUCAUUGAAAUGUCGUCGGAAAAUUUGCGAAUAGUUUUGAUCCUCAUUCAAGCAUACAUACUCUUGGAUGCACAUUUAUUUCUUGAACGCUAUGGAAAGGAAUUUGUCCAGUUUUGUGCUCGAAUGUUCGAUGAUUUGCGGCCAGAAGGCAUUACAUUGAUGCUUAAAGUGUUCGAAACUUGUUUAAAGUCAGAUGCAAAUUAUGGAUUGGAAUUGGUACGACCCGCCUUGCCUUAUAUUUUUAAGCAAGUGUACCUGGACAAAGAAUUUCCUAUUCUGAUGUCAAUGUAUUUGAUGAUGGUUGCAAGAGUAUUGCUUAUUAAUCAAUCUGUUUUCACUGCAGUUUUGCAGGAAUUACAGUUGCCUAAUGCUUUAGAGACUAUACUUGACGUGUGGAUACGUAAGAUGCCGUUGGUAACGGAAGUAGAAAAACGAAAGCUUUUUGCGCUAUCCUUCGCAUCGAUCUUUACUAAUAAUUUAAUAUUACUAGAGCGGUUUCCAGCAAUUAUGCAAAAUAUUGGAGACACACUUAUGGAUGUGAUGCGCGAAGAAGAUAACGAAGUUGACAAUAUCAACUGUUCUGAUAUCGUUGUAAAUACACCGCCCCGUCCAACUGGCGAGAAGGAAAUCAAAUUCUGCGACUCUUUAGUUUUUCUCGAUGAACAUGACUUGGAUACAAGCAAUUAUUGUAUAAUGGACGAUUUCGACUAUAAGACUUAUCAUUAUGAUCGCUGUAGACAGCUAUCUCUUAAAGAUCCAGUACAUAAAAUUGUACUCACAGAAUAUUUGGAAUGGCAAUUAAAUACACUGCGAAUGCAAAUGGGGGAAGAAGCUUACAAACAACUCAUGCAAUCUGUGUAUUCUGGUGUAUUGGAGAAGAUCGGAAAAUUUAUAAAACUAAAUUUAAAUUUUCAACCUAACUAGCUGAAAAUAUGAUAUAUUUUAUGCAAUAAUACACGCAUACAUAUGUACGAAUAGCCUUUAACCCAAAGCGAAACGAAGCGAGUCACUAAUUUUCUACUUCAAUUAUAAGAUAUGACAGUAUGAGCUUUUUCUACCUCUACUGCCAUUUACGUAUCCUUAAAGUAAAAUAAAAUAAUUUAACUUGAACAAACUUUUGGUUAUUUUUACAAUAAAAUAUUUUUAUAGUUUAACUAAAGUUCGUAAACAUGAACAAAAAAGCGAUAUAAUUUAAA